AUGAUUUUACGGCGAUAUUCUGGCUACAUAUACUGGGACCGGGAGACAAUUAAUGACGAGGAUGUAGAGCAACGAGCCAGACAAAUGUUGCGGUGCCUUGGAUUAGAUGGUAACUCGCGCUGGCUAAUCAUUUUUGAUAACGUCGAUCGAUACCACCCCUUCGACAGCUCUAUUAGUGAUGGAUAUGACAUUGCGGAAUUUUUCCCUAAAGCAGAUUAUGGCUCUAUCCUUAUCACUUCUCGACUUCAAGGGCUGACUGAGCUAGGGGAGCCUUUCCUAGUUCGCAGACUUGACUCUUAUAGCUCAAUUCAAUUACUCCUACAAAGCAGUGGUAUAUCAUUAAGAAACACUACUAGCAAACUUGACAGCAAUUUAGAUGUCCUUGCUCUUGCCAAUCGUCUGUAUAGACUGCUAUUAGCCAUUGUUCUGGCCGGGGCGUUUAUACGUGAAACUGGAACCAGUAUCACUGAGUACUUGCAGUUCUAUCAAGAAUCUUGGUCUGAGCUACAGCUGCAAUCGGAUCCCGGACGUUAG